CACUAUUAUUAAACAAGCAUAGGAGAUACUAGGGGAACUAUUCCUUCCUAUAUAAAGAGGCAGACACUCACUAAAAAGUAAUUGAAUUGAUCAAACAAAACAAACUAAAUAUGGAUUUCAUUAUGGUCAUGUUUGCUCUAUUUGUUGUUAGCUCAUUCACAAUUGUAUCCACAGAUUCAGUUGAACCUUCAACUAUUAGUCACAUCGGUAACCUGAGUCGGAAAAGUUUCCCUCGUGGCUUCACCUUUGGGGCGGGUUCGUCUGCAUACCAAUUUGAAGGUGCAUAUAAGGAAGAUGGUAAAGGACCAAGUAUCUGGGACACCUUCACCCAUCAACAACCAGAAAAGAUAAGGGAUGGAAGCAAUGCAGACGUCACUGUUGACCAAUAUCACCGCUACAAGGAAGAUGUUGCGAUUAUGAAGAAUCAGAAUUUGGAUUCCUAUAGAUUCUCAAUCUCUUGGCCAAGAAUACUCCCAAAGGGAAAGUUGAGUGGAGGCAUUAAUCAAAAAGGGAUCGAUUAUUACAACAACCUCAUCAAUGAACUAUUGAAUAAGGGUAUACAACCAUUUGUAACUCUUUUUCACUGGGAUCUUCCCCAAGUAUUAGAAGAUGAGUAUGGUGGUUUCUUAAGCUCCCGUGUAAUAAAUGAUUUUGGAGACUAUGCGGAUCUUUGCUUCAAGUUAUUUGGAGAUAGAGUGAAGGUUUGGGUUACUCUAAAUGAACCAUGGUUGUUUAGCAAUUCUGGUUAUGCAUUGGGAACAACAGCACCAGGUCGAUGUUCGCCUCCAACAUGUCCAAGUGGUAAUUCUGGCACAGAACCUUAUAUAGUUACACACAAUCAAAUUCUUGCUCAUGCAAAAGCUGUACAAGUGUAUAAGACCAAAUACCAGGCACAUCAAAAGGGCAAGAUAGGCAUAACUUUGGUAACUAAUUGGUUCAUACCACUUGGAGACAAUAGCAUACCGGAUCAAAAGGCCGCUCAAAGAGCACUUGACUUCCAAUUUGGAUGGUUUAUGGAACCCCUAACAACAGGAGAUUAUCCUAAAAGCAUGCGAAGCAUAGUGCAAAGCCGAUUGCCUAAGUUUUCAAAAUCCCAAUCAAGACAAGUCAAUGGGUCAUUUGAUUUUCUUGGUUUAAACUAUUACUCUUCUAGCUAUAUUAACAAUUCACCUCCAAAAGGCAAUGCCAAACCCAGUUACUCAUUAGAUCCUAUGACCAAUACUUCAUUUGAAAAGAAUGGGAAACCCCUCGGCCCAAGGGCUGCUUCAUUUUGGAUAUAUGUUUAUCCAAAGGGACUUCGAGAUCUUUUAGCAUACAUUAAGAAAAAAUAUAACAAUCCUGUGAUUUAUAUCACUGAAAAUGGUAUGAAUGAAUUCAACGAUGCAACACUUUCCUUAGAUGAAGCUCUUUUGGAUGUCUACAGAAUUGAUUACUAUUACCGUCAUUUAUACUACAUUCGUUCUGCAAUCCGAGGCGGCUCGAAAAUAAAGGGAUUUUUCGCAUGGUCAUUUUUGGACUGUAAUGAAUGGUUUGCAGGCUUUACUGUUCGUUUUGGAUUAAACUUUGUAGAUUACAAAAAUGGAUUGAAAAGGUACCCUAAGCUUUCUGCCAAAUGGUACAAGAACUUUCUCAAAAGAAAUUAGUAGUAUUAUAAUCCUACAUUGUUUUAUGCUGGUGGUGCACUUCCUAAAUAAAUUAACAGCUUAAUUCGUUGUGAAGUUAUUAGGCUGUUAUUUCUAUUAUCUUUUAUUUCUUUGUUGUACAAGAAGCUAUGAUCAUAUAUAGUUGAUCCUUCAUGUAUCAGUUUGAUUUCGAGAAUACGUACUUUGAAUUAA